UACACGUUAGCUAGAUUAGCUAGAUACUCCCUAACGCGACUAACGCAAUUUGCACGAAUGUCGCGUCAUUAAAAUUGUAGAUACUGUUCAACAAAUGCAGUUGGUGAACGGGUAUGUCACGUAAUAUCUAUUGCUGAAUCUCACGAACACAGAAAAUGCAGAUAGUAAAGUAAACUCACUCACCGAAGCAUCGUUCCUGUUGGUGGACAUCUUUUUUUUUUUUUUAAUCUUCCGGGGUCUGUGUCACAUGACCAAUUGAGCAAGUGUUGAUUGGUCGGACGUUGGAUAAGUGAGACAGGGAUCGAUUGCUUCUCCUUGGUAACCCGGAUGUUGUCAUGGUCUCUUUUUACAUUGAAUUUUUUGACGUUGAAUUUUCUGACACUGAAUUUUUUGACGUUGAAUUUUCUGACGUUGAAUUUUCUGACGUUGAAUUUUUUGACGAUGAAUUUUUUGACAUUGAAUUUUUCGACACUGAAUUUUUUGACACUGAAUAUUUUGACAGAAUUUUUUGAUGUUGAAUUUUUUUUAUGCAUUGAAUUUUUUGACACUGAAUAUUUUGAGACAUGGAAUUUUUUGACACUGAAUUAAUUUUGCUACUGAAAAAAAUAAAUGACAGAAAUAAAAAAUGCAUGCUAGAAAUUCAAUGGUUUAAAAAAUUAAUCUUCAGAAAUUCAAAUUCAAACUCUGAUGGCACACAUUUACUUCCAUAUUUGCGCUGCCUGACAUUUAGCUUGGGAUUUUUGGCACAAACCUCUCGGGUGGGCGGGCCUUGUGAGGAAUGCGUCCUCAUUGGCUGACUAGUUUUUGAGUGACACCCCGUGCCCCGGAUGUUGUUCUGUACGGCGGGUGAAUUCGGAUGUGUGGGAUGUACUGUGGUAAGCUACUUUAAAGUAAAAAAGUGUAAGUAUCUGUCAUAUGUGUUGUCUGUGUUGAAGUAGCCGUUUUGAUGUUGUAGCAUCAUGCUAAUAACAUGUUGGAAACACAGCCAGCUACAGUAUAUCAACAACAAUUUAGCAGCUACACGUUGGCUAACAGAACUUGCUAAUGUUAUCAAGCGGUGGGGGUGGGGUGGAGGGGCAUAUGUUAAACAGCUCGGUACUCUUAGAAAAAGGAAACAUCUUACUCAUUGACGUUCCGUUUGUCAGAAAAUAAACACUUUUCCUGCAGUUAGAGGGAUUCUUGGCCUGGGCUACUUAGCCGCAAGACGCCAGAUUAGAUCCGCUGGGGUACGCUCCGCUAUGAACAAGUUAGGAGAGUCCUGUCGUGGAGAUGGCCUCAGAGCUUCACUCCGGUGGAUCCAAUCUGUCAUUCAGAUUCUGUGUCAUUCUGAACAGCAAAGGCCAUGGAUCUCACUGCUGGGAUAGCGUGGAACCUAUUUGUGGAUAAACGGGACGUCGGAUUAUGUUAAAUAGCUAUCUGUUUUGGAUAUUUGGUAAGAAUAGUUACUACUGUAGCCAAUUUUAUUUUUGAUCUGACUGUGAAUUGGAAUGGAAUCAUCAACGCAAUUCUUGAUCGCUUUCUUCCUCUCUUUAGCAUCUCAGGACUCCCCCACCUCCGCUACCGAUCUGACCUCCCCUCUAUAAAGAUGCAGUCCCAGGAUCAAGUGCGGUAUGAAAUCUUGCAGAGGAUUCAAGCUAGAUUUAGUCUCAUUCUCAGAAAUGAAACAAUUGAUUUGGAAUACCUUCUGGAUGUUGCUCAACAAGAUUUUCAUUGGCAACAAUGGCAUCACAUCACCUGAGCAUCCCUCCAGAACUCAUCAGCAGUCUACAGCAGUUGAUCAACACCCUCAGCGUCAAUGUUUUAUAUGGUCCUGAAGCAUCUGCAAAUGUGUCAAAUACUGUAACUGUCUCUAUGGGGAAUCGGGGACGGCCACGCCUGGAAAUUGACACUGAAGACCUUCGUCAUCUCCUUUCUACUGCUCUUCCUGUGGAAUAUUUUGCCAGGUUGUAUGGUGUUUCAAGAAGAACACUGAACAGGCGGAUGAAACAGCAUGGCCUCUCUGUUCGUGGAUUUUACUCGAAAAUAUCAGAUGAUGAUCUUGAUCGUGCAGUAAGGUCCAUCAAAACAAGAAUGCCUCAUGCUGGGUAUAGACUGGUAAAAGGUGAGCUGUUAGCCAGAGGCCACCAUGUGCAGUGGGAUAGGGUGAAGGCUACCAUGCACCGAGUGGAUGGAGCAGGAAUUUUGGCUAGGAUGAUACAACUUGGAUUUGUAGCUCGCAGAAGCUACUGUGUUCCUGCACCAUUGUCCUUGGUUCAUGUAGACACCAACCAUAAAUUAAUCAGAUUUAAUAUUGUCAUCUUUGCUGGGAUUGAUGGUUUCUCAAGAAGGAUCCUGUAUCUUGAUGCUGCCACCAACAACAAAGCCUCAACAGCAUUCUCCUUCUUCUUGGAUGGUGUCCACAAACAUGGGUGGCCCUCAAGAGUUCGUGCUGACCAGAGGGUGGAAAAUGUCGACAUCGCCCGAUGUAUGUUCUCUGUACGAGGAACUGGACGUGGCAGCUUCAUUGCUGGGAAAAGUGUCCACAAUCAAAGAAUCAAGAGGCUGUGGCGUGACGUGUGGUCAGCUGUCAGUUGUAAAUACUAUGAAGUACUUCACACACUGGAAGAAGAGAGACUGUUUGACCUCUCAGAUGAGCUGCACCUCUUUUGUGUGCAUUACAUGUUUCUCCCAGUCUGACCUGAAGUGCUUCCUGGGUAGCUGGAACAAGCAUCCGAUCAGAACCGAAGAAAACUGCUCACCAGAACAGCUGUGGUACAUUG